AUGGCAGAUAACAACGAUUUAGGAGAUUCAGUUGUAAACAAUGCAGGUGGAGCAGAUGAAGAAGACAAGACUGAAUACAAGAUGCUGAAUGAGGACUUGAAAUACGAGAUAAAUGAGUGCUUCGACAUAUUCGACAAAGACAAAGAUAACUAGAUAUCGUAUGUGGAAUUAGGAACGUUACUAAGAUGGCUCAAGUUUAACCCUACUGAGAAGGAGAUGAAGGAGUUCGCAUAGGAAUUCGACCAGAACUCAUCCAACCUUGUUAACCGUAAAACUGUCAUGAAGAUAGUUGACCGUAAACUUCAAGACACUGAUACUAUUGAUGAGCUUAUUGAAGCUAUGAAGUUAUUCGAUAAUGAUAAAGAUGGAAAGCUUCUAGUCCCAGAACUACGUUGGGCCAUGACUAAAUUAGGUGAUCCUAUGGACGAGGGAAUGGUUGAUGAAAUGAUAAAGGAGGUUGACACAGACAGCGAUGGACUUAUUGACAUUAUUGAAUUUGCCAAGAUCUGCUUCAAUAUUAAGGAAAAAUGA